AAGCUCUUCCUGGAUCAGUUCGAAUUUAUUUUGGUCAUCAUGUAACUUUUACUGCAUUUUCUGCCAAUUAAUUCUUAAAAAUAUUUUUUCUUGCUUGAAGAAAAUUACUGUAUUUUGUAGCUUUUUAUCCAUUGUGAACUAAUGCACAUACGCAUGUAGGAAAUAACUUUUUUUAUUCUUUGGAACAAGCCUUUUGCUUACUGGAUGUUCUUCAGAAACAUUUUCGCUUUUGCUCAGCAGGUAGUAGAUGAUGGUAUAAUAAUAUAUUGUUGCUAAAAUCUCUAUGAAGGUCAUUAGUUGACUUUUGGGAUAAAGUUCAUUACUAGACUUCGCUACUGAGAUCUCGCUACUCAUUCUGUUUUGUUUUACAUCUUUAGCUUUUAAAGACUUUUGCGGUACAGUUUUCUUUUUCGGAAGUUCAUGAUGGCUUGUCUUUGUAAAUAUGGAGAGUGACUCUGUAUUGAAACCAGGUAAAAAGGAGUGAGUGGCUGCACUGGCCCAUCACAUCCCAAGACAGAAGAAAUGAUAAAAGGCAAAAAGAAGCUCAGAGCCCAGAAUGGAGUGGCAAAUACACUCACAAGUAACAGCACAAACAAACAAACCAACAACCUGGCACUUCUAACCAGACCUGAUGCUCCUAAUCGCUUUGCAUUGUUCUUGGAAAGUUGUGUGCCCCCUGUUACGAAUUCCCUGAGCAACUUUGGGAGUCUGCCUUUCUUUGGCCUUGUCUCCCUCCAGUUGGCCCAUAUAAAGGCUCAGUUGGCACUGCACCAGCUGAACGUGAUUACUGCCAGAAACUUCACUCCUCCUUUUACUGGUUUACCUGCCCUGACCUUGCUCGACUUGAUCAAGGUUACCAUGUCCCAUCCCAUAUAUAAUCCCCGUGGGGGACCAUUUUCCAGUAGCCAGAGGUCCAUUGCAGCGGGGCAGUAUGGUAUUGGGUCACAGUCUGGCUUGGACCUGGCAGGAGCUCGCCUUGCCCCUGACUCCAUGUCUAGUACUCGUGGGGGUGUGACGGCAAACCAGCAGAUGCCGUUUCCAUUGAGUCAGCGUCAGCCGCAGAUUUCCCACAACCUUGAUGCAUCUAUAGAUAUGAACAUUCGUGGAGCUCUUGAGGAAGUGCGUCUGGUCACCCAAAUGCUGCAACAGCCAAAAACAGUAGAUCCCCGCCUGAAGAAAGAUGUUAGAGAUAAAGUGCUUUCUCCAGGAGGUGGUGGUUAUGCAUCAGCCAGCGUUUCAGGAAGGUCUGAUGAUGGGGACUGGACUGGAUACCAGGCUCCCAGCAAACUUUUUUCUUCCCCAAGUAUAGGUCAUUCCUCCAGUUCUUCACAGCGGUUUCAGUCUUCGGGUUUUGGCAGCAGUGCAGGACAGAGUGGUUUGGACAGCCCAUCUCCUUCAGAACAUCACCCUACACGUUACACUCCAGAGAGUGCCAGCAGCAUAUUAGCAAACUUUGGACUCUCAAGUGAGGACCUUGAGCUCCUUAGCCACUACCCUGAUGAUCAACUGACUCCAGACAACCUGCCUUUUAUUUUGCGAGACAUCCGCAUGCGCAAGGCCAAGAGGAACAUCGCAGACCGUGAUAUAAGAUCAUCUGAUCUUCUGGUCUCUGAUGCACGACAAGGCCAAGUUAUUGAUUAUGGACAUUCUAGUAAAUAUGAUUUUCCUGAGGAGAAACCAGACAACUUUGCACAUGACCACCUUACUAAAGAAUCUGUCAAGUAUGGGAGGGAAGUCACAGGUUCCUCCUUCAGUAAUGCUGACAAAAGUAAGCGUCCACAGCAAAACCUGGCUGCUCCAGUUCUUGCACAGGCUUCAAUUAUGGUUCCAAAGCUUCAGCAACCUCCAGUGAUGGCUCCAAGACCCACUUUACAAAGCCUGGACAUCCAAGGUGCCAAGACAAUCCCAAGAAGGCUGCCUGCUUCCAAUGCUGUACCAUCGCCCAUCAGUCGGCCACCACAGAUUCCAUCCGCUGCUGCUGGUCCUCUAGCUUCUAUGGUCCCGAUGAUCUCUGGAAGUUCAUUUGCAUUUACUCCACCUCUGAUCACUACUUCAGCUGCAAAGAGGUUACCAACUCCCACCAUGAUGAAUGAUUACUCAGCUGCUAGCCCAAGAAUCUUUCCCCAUACAUGCUCUCUAUGUAACGUAGAAUGUGUCCAGACUAAGGAUUGGAUUGAACAUCAGAACACACCCCUUCACAUUGAGAGUUGUAGACGUCUCAGAAAACAAUAUCCUGACUGGAAUGCAGAGACAGUUCCUCUUACAAGAACCCCUAGCCCCAAGCGCCACCAUGGUGCAUCCAGUCGUCGUCAGCGGUCUCGUUCCCGCUCACGGUCACGAAGCCCUCGGAGGUACCGCCGCACACGUUCUAGAAGCCGGUCCCGGUCCCGGUCCCCCCACAGGAAAAGUCGUGGCUCACCCUCAUACAGGCGGAGGUCUCGCAGCCCUCCACGCCAACGGUCUCGCAGCCCACCACGUCAACGGUCAAGGUCGCCGGGCUACAGCAGUAGUAGGCGCUCUCCUCCACGGAGUUCUCGGCGAGUGAGCCCCCGACGCGGCAGUCCUUCUCGCUUGCAGAGAUCAAGUAGCAGUGAAAGACUGGCGAAAAAACUUCUGGAGUCUUCAGAAUUAGCUUCAGUAUCGGACAGUAGUGCUUUGAAGGCAAUGGUGGAAUCAUUGGCCCCCGCACUUUUAGCUGAGCUAGCCAAGAAAAGGAGCAGUUCCUUGUCUUCUUCAGUGAAGAGUAGCAGCAGUAGAAAGCGAUCAUCAUCUCCUUCCUCUAAAAGAAGUGAAUCCUCCAAGUCAAGCAACUCAUCUGUCAUGAAGACGAGUUCCUCCAAGAGCGUGAAACCUAAGAAGCCAGCCGGUCCUGGGACAAGCUGUCUGUUAAGAUUUAAGGGUAUUCCUUUUGGGACUACACGCCAAGAGCUAGUUGCUGCUGUUGAGCCUUUUGGGACAAUUCACACUGCCAUUCUCCUUAAAGCCAUCUCAGAGGCAUCGGUGUGUAUGGAGAGGGAGGAAGAUGCCAAAGCUUUGGCCAGCUGUAAGGACCUGAAACUGCGUGGAAAGCUUAUUGAAAUCUGUAUGGAGAAGGAGGCCAAGGAUGAACUAAAGGGUUCUGAACAUGAGAAGAAACCUAUUGCUAAGAAAAAGGAGUCCCAACAUGGCACAAGCAAGAUGUCACAAGCAAUAAAAGCUAAAAACGUAUUUAAGACAUCACCAGCAGUUAAAACUAAAGAUGUUCCUAAGAUGUCACAAGCAGCUAAAGCUAAAGAUGUUUCUAAGAUGUCACAAGCAGCUAACGAUGUGCCUAAGAUGUCGCAAGUGUCUAAAGUUAAGGAGGUUCCUAAGUCACAGACAGCUAAAGGGAAACAGAAUGUGAAGGGCAAACCUUCUACAAAAGGCCCAGGAGAAACUCCAGUUAAAAAGAUUGUAAAGAAGGAGGUCCCAUGGAGGAGGAAUAUAGUUGAGAUAACUGGUCUUCCAGAUGAAGAAAUCACUGAGGAGGACCUCAUGAAUCUUGCUAGCCCCUAUGGUUUCAUUUCAACACCUGUCAUUGCUGUCUCUCAGCACAAGGCAUACCUGGAAAUGCCUAACAGAGAGGCGGCUGAGGCACUGGUUAAAGCAUAUGCAGAGACUCCAGCAAAACUACAGGAGAAAGAGAUAAGCAUCACAAUGAUGACCAAGCCUAUUAACCUUAAUUAUACAGAAUCAUUAUUCAGAGUACUGAUGGGAUUGGAUGUGUUGUCUCCCGAGGAACUUGCAACGCUUCCUGAACGUCUCCUCACAGUCAGUAACGUACCUUAUAAGACUGGAGCAGUCACCGAAAUUCACAACCUCAUCAAACGUUUUGGUCCCUAUAAGCAGUCUCUGGCCCUCAAUAGAAGGAUAAUUUUUGAAAUGGAUAGUGCUGCUGUUGCCAGGUCGGUCUAUAGUCGGUUCCUAAAGUUUCCAUGCAUCAUACAGAAUAAUUCCCUCACCUUCAGCCUUGCUAAAAUGCCCAGGGCUGCUGACCAGAUUAAAAAGAAAUCUGAUGCUAAAGGGUUUAAACAGGUUGCCAAAACUCGGAGUACAGAUGUAGUUGCCCCUCCAACUACAGCUCCCUCAUCUACUUCAGUCACAGGAGAUACUGAUACUGAUGUAGACAGUGCUAAAGCAGAGGUUGGUCUCAUGAAAGGCACUGAAAAUGAUGUCAAAGAAACUGAAGCAAAGAUUGAGAUGGACAUCAGUGCUACAUCUGCUAAUGAAACAGCAACUGAAAUGCAGGCCCCUGGGGGUGAAACCAACUUACCUAGCAAAACAGUUCCAUGUGACUCUAAUGACUCUCAAAUGGACACCACACCUAAUGAAACAGGUUUAAUUGAAAGCAGUGAAUCCAGAAUCAACAUGUCUGAGAGUGAAAAUAAGAUUGACCCCCAAAUGGAAAACAUUAGCUCGGUGGAGACCAAAGAACCCGAGUCAGGGCAUAGUGAUGUGCUUCCAGUCACAACUGAAGAAGUUCCAUCUUCUGUGGACACAACUGAGCAGGCUGAAGAUAUACCAGUGAACAUAAAUGAGCAUUCUGAAAACUUACAAAUGGACACAAAUGAGCAUGCUGAAAAAUCAAAAAUGGACACAACUGAGCAGGCUGAAAAUGCCCCUGUGGAGACAACUAAACAUGCAGAAGAAUCAUCCUUGGAGGGACAUCAUCCAUCACAACCAAAAGAUGCUUCAAAGGCUGGUGACCUACCUGCAGAACAGGAGGAAGUUGAAGACAAUAACCUAACUGAUGGGAGUGUUGCUCAGUUGCCAUCAGUAGAGGGCACUGAGACAGCAGCGCUGACUGGUAGGGACAAUGAAGAAAGCACCAUGGAACCUGUUCUUUUGGAAAAUGAGCCACAGCAGGCCUCUAUAGAGGAGUCCGCACAGGAUAGUGAGGUCACACAGGGCAAUUUGAGUCCACGCAAUACUAUAAACCAGAAUGAGGUUCAGUUUAAGGAUGACCCGAAAGUGUGUGAACCAGUUCUAACUGAUACCACUCUCCAGUCUUCUGACCAAAUCCAGGCUGAAAAAGCUACAACUCCGCAAGGGGCUCUUCCAGUUGAUGACAUGACACUGGGCUUUCCACCUGUUACACAAGAGAUCUUGAAGGCUCUUGAAGCAGCAGUCCAUCAGUGCCGUCUGCAGUCCUCAAUGAAACGUGCUGAAGAAGAAGCCAGUCGAAAAACUGAGGCGGAGAAGAAUUCUGCAGAGAAAGAUGUUUCACAGGUCGACAGGAAAUUAACGAAAACUGACAGGCAAAAGACCCAAGUUGAAAAGGGAAGGAAACCCCAGAGCUCUAGAACUACUAGAAGCCAACGUAGAAAAACUGAGUCACCAGAAAGAGAGCUUUCUUCCAGACAGAGAGUCAUGGUUAGUCCAAAAGAUGGGUCUCCCACCACUAGUAAUGAAGGAUCUUCAAGUUCUUCUACUACCUCUCGCAAGACCAGGCCGGAGGGCAGCACAAUUCUAAGGCAGUCAAGGGAGCGUGAGGAGGAUGGCUACAAGACUCGUAGUAGCAGCAGAAUUACACGUUCCUCAAGGAGUGAUACAAGGGCAAAGAAAACUGAAAAGCCAGAAGAAGUGGAGCCAGCUUUUGAGGAACUUUUUCCCUUCGACCUAGAUGAGUUUGUAACUGUGGAUGAGGUUGGAGAUGAGGCAGAGGAGCACACUCCUCCUAGCUCAGGACACUCUACAUUAAAAAUGUCAGAGGAUGACACCAAAUCCCCCAUCACAACGUCAACACCUGAAAAGAAAUCCAGUGCGGAUGCUAGUUCGGAAAAGUUUAAGAAGCCGCCAACUUUAGCCACACCUAAGUCCAGACCUUCUGCGUACACUGAAGCAGAGAAUCAGGAAGUUGCAGACAUGAUGGAAAAUGAACCUAUAAACUCUGUGCCAGUCACAGAGGAUAAAGAGGCAGAAAAGCUGGAAGGAGUUGCAGUUACUGUUAAUGUCCUCAAAGAGGCAAUUCAACAAACAGUAUUUGGUGAAAUAGAAAACGAAGAAGCAAUAACACCAGAACCACCAAAAUCUGAGGAUAAAGACAAGGUGGGCAUUACUCAGACAGUUUCUGAAGAGGCCUCUCUCAUCAAUAAAGAGACAUCAGAUAAAGGAGUCUCUAACUUGCAUGAGCCCAACCAAGUUGAUUCAUCUGCCUUUGCAUUAAAGGAUGAGCCUCUUCAAGUCUCUGAGCUACAGGAACAGGAGUCACCUGCAGAGCACCAAUCUGAGAAGUCACACACUGCACUACAAGAGAUGGAGAACAAGGAACUUCCAUCCCAAGAUGCCUUGGUAACCCUUGAUGAAGUAUGUGAUGAAGAUGGAGAUUUUGCUGAUGAAGCUGAUGAGGAAGAACUCCUGAAACGGCAGGCUGGCGAGAAUCCUGAAGCACUGUUAACUGUUGAUGAGGUGGGAGGUGAUGAAGCAGAAGCUGAGGAGGAACAAUUGAAGAAAGCACUUCAGGGCCUGGUCACUCUUGAUGAAAUUGUUGAGGAAGAUGAGGAUGAUGCAGGCUCUUUUAACCCUGAGACUCUUGUUACGCUGGAUGAGGCGGGAGGUGAUGAAGAAACAGAUGAGAGCGAGCAGGUUAAAAUCAAUCCCACCUGCUCUGAAGCUGAUGCAUCAGCCCAGCCCGAGGUGCCUGUGGAAUCAUCUUUCCUAGAGAAGGAUGCCUGUGAUAUAGAAGAACUACGCAGAAUGAAUUUUGUGACUGUGGAUGAAGUGGGUGAGGAAGAGGAGGAAAAGCAAGAGCAGUUGCAUGAAGAGAAGGUGGAGGAAGAGAAACCCAUCACCAGGAGGGGUGGAAGGCCUAAGAAGAGAUCUCGGCAGACACCAGUGAGGAAGUCUGCCCGAGGGAAGAGGGGGAAGUCUAGUAACCAGGUAGAAGAACUCCCUGAGAACACCCCAAGGGAGGAACCAGCUUCCAUCGAUAAUAUGCCCUCCUCAGCCACAAAUUCAGUAGACAUAAAAAUCAAACCAGAAGAAGAAAAUUUGAAAGCAGAGGUAACUUCAUCCUCAUCAAACACAGAGAUUACUGGAACAGAGGAAGAGAAACCUAAUAUCAGCAAACAGGAAGAUGAAGUCAUGGUCAAGGACAGUACUGCUGCUGGAGCUACAACUGAAAAAAGAGCAGCAAUAAAAGAGGAAUCUAAACGGAGGCGUGAGGACGAGCUAAAUCAGGAGCCAGAACCUAAGAAGCCUUGCUCACAGCCCUCCACAACUAACGACUUCACUCUUCCCCCCUUUAGCCCAGACAACCCGAUUGGUGUGGACUUUGUGGUGCCCAAGACUGGUUUCUUCUGUAAACUCUGCUCUUUGUUUUAUGGAAAUGAGGAGACUGCAAAGAAAACCCACUGCAGCAGUUUACGACAUUACCAAAACAUGCAGAAAUACUAUGAGAAGCUCAAGACUCAGCAGACUCAGAGUGGCAGCUGAACUCAGACACCAUCCACUAAGAAUUUUUCAUCUCAUUAAAUAGACCAAUAGGUUCUAUGUUUUACUUUGUGCUGUUUCAGGUAAAUGGGUCCAGUGUUUUGCUGUAAAAAAAAAAAAAAAAAUUAUAGAUUUCUUUUUUUUGUUUGCUGACUACUUAGGUUCAUACUGAAGCUUAAUUCAAAAUGGAAAGUAAUUAAUUCAUUUAGAUGUUACACAGAACAAAUAAACAUUUUAGUAAAUGAC